UUCGAUGAACGGGUUUAUUUAGUUAUCGUAAAACUAGAUAAAUAAGUGCAAUCAUUUAAAAAGCAUCAUGCUCCUGCGAGGAUUAUAUUUGUCUUUCCGGCUCUCAUCUCGUUCAUCGGCUGUGCAAAUCACGAAGAAAAGUACUUACUCCACUAGCACAGAAGUGGUAUACGAUCGAGACCCAGCACCAUACUUUUUCAGCGAAGACAUUCAAAAAAUUUUACAGACACUCACACGUCCGGAUCCUGAAAAAGUAUUUAGACGACGCUUAGAUGGUCAACCGUUAGUACCACCAGAGUAUAAAUUCAUGACGAAUGAAGCGUUGGAAGAGGCACGAGCGAAGGCAGAAAAAUUUAUGUGGGAGCGAUUACAAAUACCACCAAUUGUUAAACUUAGAGAGGAAGACGAUCGUAUAUUGUCAAAAGACCCCGAACUGCAAGGACUAUCCGAUUGUAAAUACGUUUUCACAGACAUUACCUUUGGAGUAAGUAAUAGAAACAGAGUGAUCGUUGUUAGAGAACCAAAUGGCAUUUUACGUCCAGCAAAACAUGUCGAGAGGGACCGUUUAAAUCAGAUAUACUUUCCAGUACAAGACAAAGACGUAAGGAUGCCAAAGAUGUUUGAAGAUGAACAUUUGCAGCCUAUACUUGACAGAGAAGACUACGAAUUUAUAUUAAACAGAGCAUGUCUGCAAUUUGAUCCAGAUGAUCCUAAUUACCACAGAGUAACCAAGGUAACAUACGACCACGUGAAUGAAAAAAUGCAUCAUGAUCGGCUGAGAUCUACGAGGCACUACGGUGCAAUGAUAUUUUAUUUGGCAUGGACCAAAAAUACAGACAACGUUGUGUUAGAAAACAUUUUGUCAGAAAAGAUAGAGGACGCGGCUUUGGUAAUAAAAUUACGUUAUAAAUUAAACCCAAGUGAUAAGGCUAUGGAUGAAAAAGAUCCAAUCAAGUUAAUUCAGCAUUAUAUCGAAACUGAAGCCAGUAGUAAGAGAAAAUUGGACCAAGCUCUGAAGACACAUUUGGAAUUAAUUUCAGAGAAGUUAAAGCUCAAGGAAAAUGUAGAUAAAGCACAUGGAAAAAUCAGUAGUAGCAACGAAGACAUGAAAACAUGAGUAAAUAUUUUUAUUGAUUUUUUACAUCGAGUUUUUUUUUUUUUUUUUGUUUUUUAUUUUA